AUGUCUGACAACGAAUCAGAGAAUGAGGAAAUCAGUGACCUUUCGAACCCUGAUGUCACUACGAAGUAUCGGACGGCCGCAGAUAUCGUGAACAAGGCACUGCAGAAAGUUGUAGACGCUUGUGUGCCGGAUGCGGACAUCGUCAUGCUGUGCGACAUGGGUGACAAGAUUAUGGAGGAAGAGACGAGCAAGCUGUACAACAAGAAGGACAAGGAAGGCAAGAAGAUGGAGAAGGGCGUUGCUUUCCCGACCUGCAUCUCGGUCAACGAGAUCGUGGGUCACUUCUCCCCGCUCAGGGGCGAGUCGAGGCAAUUGAAGGCGGGCGAUAUCGCCAAGAUUGACCUGGCGUGUCACAUUGACGGCUUCAUCGCCUCUGCGGCUCACACCGUUAUUGUGGGAGGGGAGAAGGUCACCGGGAAGCAGGCGGAUGUCAUCAUGGCUGCCUGGAACGCUGCAGAGGCGGCGCUGCGGUUGGUCCAGGUCGGUCACACAAACACGCAGGUGACCGAGGCCUUUGCCAAGAUUGCUGAAGAUUUCAAAGUCAAGCCCAUGCAAGGCGUGCUCUCCCAUCAGCUGAAGAAGCACGUCAUCGAUGGCAAUCGCACCAUCAUUUGUGCCGAAACUCCGGAGGAGAAGGUGUCUUGGGCCGAAGAUUGCGCCUUCAGCUUUCAGGACUUCUAA